AUGUAUCGAAUCAAAUAUAGAAAGUUGGAAAACAUAACCAAUAAGGUUAGCGGCAAUAAAGAGGAAAAUACCCUAGAACGUGGCCUGAAGAGGAAACAAUUGAAUCAGUUAAUCAGAGAGAAUGAGAAGUUUGUAAGAACUGACAAGAAUCUACAAAUAAAGAUUGAUAAAUAUCAACGAAAAGACAUACCAAACUUAAAGUAUGAAGUUCAAAAGAGAACUGGUUUGCUAAGUCAGCUAGAGAAGACAGUUAAUCAAAUUAACUUAAACUUUGAGGCCUUAGAGAAGGAAAAAACUGCUUUAUCAUCUAAGAAUCUAGCUGAAUUGACAGAAAUUGAGAACAAGUAUAAAGAAGUUAUUGAACAAAAAGCUGCAGAGUUUAGCCAGAUAUUUGAAAAACAACAGAAUGCAUGGCGAGAAAAAAUAGAAGAGUUGAGGAAUAUGCCCCCUGAAGAUGAACUAAUAAAUCAGAUAAACAACUUGAAACAUACCCUUUCUUCCACAGAACAGAAUCUAGAAGAUAAAAUUGCUAAAAAUGAUAACGAUCUUAUCCUAUAUAAACAGAAACUCCAGGUUUCAUUUUCAGAAUAUAAGAAGAAAAACUCAACAUCUCUUGAAGAGCUUCAAAGUCAAUCAAAAAAUCUGGAAAGUACGAUGGCGGAACUUCAGAAUAUCAAAACCGAAAAAAACUCUCAACUACGAACACUAGCAGAAGAACAGAGUGAGUUGGAACGCAUAGUUAUGGACAAGCAAUUACAAGUCGAUAAACUCAAUGCUGAAAUUGAACCGGUUGAAAAUAAAAUUAAAGAAUAUCAAAACUCAUUUGUACUUCUGAAAAAUGAUAUUGAAGGGAUGAAAAUAAAAGCUAUAGAUAACGAACAACAAUACAACGAAGUAUAUGACACGUUAGGUGAAGAACUGUCUAGAAGAAGGAGACUCCUCAAUUCAAUUACUGAAUUAAAAGGUUGUGCUCGGCUUUUUGCUAACAUUAUUGAAGAUGAAAUAAGUGAAAAAUUGAUUGUUAACUACUCGGAUGAAUCAAUAGAGGACAUGAAAAACCACAAAACAUACAAAUUUACAAAAUUAAUACAGAAUUUUUCUCAUCAAAACAAAGACUUAUUUAAGGAAGAUCUACACGUUUAUAUUGACUUUUGUUUGAAAAGAAGAGAGAACUUUAACUUAUUUUCAGUUGGAUCUUCUAAUAUUCCGAAUACAUUCGAGAAACUUUUAGCAUUCUUCAAAAAUAAUUAUUUUGAUAAAUUUGUCAUUACAUUACAGUAUGUUAUGUUGUCAGAUAAUGCUGACUCACAGGAUCUAUUAUCAAAUAAUAAGGAUGGUGGAAAAGAUGUAGAAAUCAAGCUAAAGAUCGAAGAAAGCACAAUAAGUUUAGGAUCGACUCUGAUAACUCUAGAUGAAAUCACCGACAAACUACAAAUUAAAAAGAAAUACUCCCAACUUAAUCACCAAAAUGGAAUUGGCUUGUCUAAGUUUCAAUUUUUUUGUCUGCAAGACAUUGAGCCAAUACCAAUUGACUUCUAUUUUAUAGAGAUUUAUCAGCCUAGCAUCUAUCCAAUACUCAAGAGAUCAACAGGUACAGAAUCUAACUUGAACUCCCCACUUGAAAUAGUUCUCAAGAAAAUAUUUCAUGAUACUAAAUCAGCGUUUGUGUUUCAAAUAGAUCAUUCAGCUGAAGUAUAUGACAUUCUGAAACUCUCAAGUCAUCUCUCUUUCAUCAGGAAUCCAAAAGGCAAGUAA